UCACGUUUAAUUGUUGAAGUCACAGGAAAAGAAGAAAGAUAUUUGAAGAAGCAGACGUAGACACGAGCUGAACCCAUGGCAAUUUCGUAUGCUCACGCAACUCUCACGCUCUCUCUUCUAUAUUUAUACACUCGUCUCUCCCUCUUCCUUAUUCCCACUCCUUAGAUUCUUUCUCUACCUCUCUUUCUAUUCCUGAGGUGAUGGCGCUGCGCGGACCUGAUUUGACUAGGAGACCGGAACGUUUCGGAGCGAAAUGUUAUGGUGAAAAUUUGCGGACAAAACUGAUUACGCCUAGUUCUUUAUGCGUGAAACGUAAAUCUUUUGCUUCUUAUCAUAGAAGAGAAUUGUUCAAAGUGUAUAGUAAAGCUGCGUCUCCCAUAGAAUCACAAGAUAAUGCUUUAAGUGUACAAGACGAAGAAGGAUCAGGACAUGUUAUAAAGUUCAGGAUGUCUGAUUUUAAACUACUUGAUCGUGUCAGCGUUGGCCUUGGCGGACGGGCUAAUGAGGUAGUCUAUGAAGCCAUAGUUAAGGAUUCUAGCAGCCCUUUGUAUAACAACAAAGUUGUGCUUCGACAGCUUGUAAGUGCACAAGCUCAACGCAGAGGAAAGCGAGCGAUUGAGGUACUGAAGAAGUUGGUUCGCCGAAAACUUCUUUACCAUUCUUAUUCAAUGCAAGUCCAUGGUUAUAUUUGCUCACCUGCAACUAGUGGCAGUGGCUUGUUUACUCUGGUUCAUGGGUAUCAUGGCAGUUUUUCCUUACAGCAUUGGCUUCAACAAUCCGAUUGGCUUCCUACAUUGGAAGCUACUCUGGCGUUGGAUGAGGAAUCUGUCAGAAGGGUGGGAGAUGAUACAGUUGGAGGACCUGCAGUCUCUCGCCAGUUGCGAAUCAUACGUAUAUUGAUGAGGGAUCUAUUAAUUGGAGUGAAUUACUUGCACAGUCAUGGACUUGCUCAUACCGAGUUGAGGCUGGAGAAUGUUCACAUAAGCCCGGUGGAUCGACAUAUUAAAGUAGGGAUAUUAGGGAAUGCUGCUGACUUUUAUGAAGACGGUACAACUACUGCAUUGGACAACUGCGUAGACCGGCGACAGAUGAUGAUUGCAUUUGACAUGAGGUGCGUUGGAUUCAUGAUGGCAAAAAUGGUGUUGCGAGAACUCAUGGAUCCCUUAAUCUUCACAAGGUUCAAAUCAUUCCUCAUGAAGGGAAAUGAUCCUUGUUGCUUGCGGGAAUUUUUAUUGCAAAUUCUCAGUAGGAAUUGUCCAUCUGGUAGUGCUGGAUUCCAAAUGCUUGAUCGGAACUCAGGUGCAGGGUGGAACCUUUUGUCCUUGUUACUUGCGACUAAACCUUCUAAAAGAAUAAGUUGUUUGGAUGCUCUCAGACAUCCAUUUUUGUGUGGGCCUAGAUGGCGGGUUGUCCCAUCCAUGGACAUCAUUAGAUGGGGACUUGGUUCUGCUGCAGUGCGCAUUACAGAAGAGUACAUUUACAGCCGACCCCAGCGGAAUAGACUUUCGUACUUCAUUGAAUUGAUGGAGAUGCUGAAUCCUCAUUCAAAGGCAAAGAAUUGGUUGGAGCUGCUGCCUGGAAAAUGGCGCCUAUUAUACUGCACUGGUAGGCACAUAGGCUUAACCCUUCGUCAGCCUUCUGCCCGUGUCCUUAUUGGUGAUGUUACCCUAACUGUUUCAAGAGCAUCAAAAUUGAAAACUAGCCUUUCUUUCACUUCUGAAGUUGGCUUCAAAGUCAUGAUCAGUCGUGAUUGGCCGCAUGACAAAAAUGGCAUGGCUGGGAAAUUGGAAGUCAACUCUUUAUUUAGAUUAAUGUCUGGAAGACGGUUGUAUAUUAGGGAAGAAAAGACAACAGAAAGACUAUCCUUUGGUCAGUCGAGCAAUUUGGAUUCCUUGCUUCAGAAAUUAUCAGGGAGAAAAUGGAGGAAAGCAGUCCCUUUUAAGGAGUUUCCAUCAAGCCUUCCAGUGUCCAAGCUUGUUUCAGGCGAAGUAGAGGUGACAAUGAAUAUAGGUGACACACUUGGUAAAGAUGUUUCUGCAAGAAAUAUAGUUCAAGAAGCUCGCAUACAAAUACCUCCUGAAAUGUUUGAUUUGUCAAAGCUUGUUUGUGGGACGUUCGUGGACUCGAGGCUACUAGUUCUUCGUGGGGUGAAUGGAUCAGCUCUCUUAUUUACAAGGUCCUGUGUUGAUGAAACAUUGUAGAUAACAAUUGUCAGAGGCAAGUGUAAAUUCUGUGUCGCACCCUGAUUGUAGUAUCUGCAUAUUUCUUCUGUGUAUGAUUCAAGACAAAUAAAACAAGGCUUUGAACCUGGCGUAA